AUUAAUAAGUUAAUAAUGUAUAGUCCAUAGUAUAAAAUCAGUAAUUGAAAGUAUAGGUUUUAAGUAAUUAUAAUUGAAAUUUUUAUGGUUAAGUGUUAAGCUAGGUUUUGUUUAUUUUAGUAUUUUUGUCUGCAAUCACUGCCUUUGAGUUAUUUACGAGUUAUUACAUACAUUCAAAUGCAGUUAAUCCUUUAUAAUUAAAUCCAUUAAUAAAUCACCGGAUUCCAUGUACUGAAUCGCAACCGGAAAUGACUUUUAUUUUGACAACUUCCGCUUGCGUGCAGAAUCCGGCUCUAGUAUAAAUAGAGGCCGCCGCCUUUACCUCGUCCCAUUUGCUCAUUGCAGAUACCAGAGAGAGAGAGAGACAUACUUCCAGAGACAGAGAGCUAUCUAUCGAUACAGAGAGAGAACGAGAGACAGAGAGAGACUGAGACUACACGAGUGUAAGACUGAAAGAGUGAACGAGUGAAAGACUGAACGAGUGAAAGUGAGAGACUGAGAGAGACCGACUUUUGACCGACUGACACCUGAGCUAAUUUAGCUCCUUUCCGACGUCUGUACGCACGAUGCCUCGCGGCAAGUCGUACCGGCGUUCUGAGGCUGCCAAGAUGCGGAUGGCCGAGCGACGCGCUGUGGCUUUCACACCUCAGCAGCCUGGCACCGCCAGUUCCGCACGUAAGUAGCCAAACAUUUUUUCGUUAAAUGUUUAAGGUGUCUAUUGUCGUUGCAUGAUAAUUUCUGAUUUUUAAAGGUCCAUUAACUUUUAUCUUGGUGUCUUUGUCUGUUUAUAAAUAGGCGGCGGCACAGGUUACCGUCACGCUGUGCUUCAGUGGCCAAUUUCCCCCUUCACUGGGCGGAAGCACAAAUUGGUCAUUCCAGCCAAGUCUCCAGACAAGAAGUUUGUUCUGCUUGUUGGAGCAUCCCAUCUACGUGCCAUCGUAGAUGGGUUUGUGAAGAUGCCGGAGGGAGGGCUCUCCUUCGGUGCCAUGUCCACGCCCGGGGCCUGUGCGGCUGUGUUGAGGACCGAGGUGGUGCAUACUGUUCUGCCUCGGACACCCGACGCAGUCUGUGUCAUGGCUCCGAGCAACAACCUGACCUCGAGCCGGACUAUCGAGGAGGCAGGGGCAGACUUUGGCAAGCUCCUGGCCACUGUCUCCGAGCGCUGUCCUAACGUUUUUGUUCUGGACUUCCCUCCACGUCUUAACGUCGAGGUGGCCCAGCAGGACUUCAUGCGUCAGGAGUUUCGUCGCGUGGCGGCACGGAUGGGUAUGAAGUACUAUUCCAUGGUCGAGUACUUUCCGUUAGACCGCCUUGACCUGUGGGCUGGAGAUGGCGUCCACCUGAGUGAUCGUGGUGGAAUGGAGAUCCUUGUGGAUGUACUGUGGGGUGCUGCUUACAAGCAACUGUACUGCCCAGCACCAGCACCCGCACCACAGGUUUCUCCCAGACCAUCACCGCCGAGGUUCACUCCGACUGUCGUUGUGAAGGGAGAGGUCAAGGUUCCACGUCGACUGAACCCUUACGAGUGGACGCUUGUUGGACAGGGCGGGAAGAGGAGCCAACCUGGGCUUCUUGAGCCAUCACAUGGUGCACCCAGAAAGAGGAUGGGCCAGCAGCAGGCAGUUCUGAAGGACUGUUCCAUCCCGCUAACACCCGUCAGGUUUAGCAGUGCCAUGUUGGAUGCGAUGGACAAACUUGUUCCAUCGCAUCUUCCCAGCCCUGUGGAGGGUACUGUUCCACAACCCAAAAAGAAACCGACUGUGGGACAUCAGCAGAGGACUGCUGCCUCCCAGAGAACCCUGGCAAAGCGUCAGGUUGAGGCAGCAACGAGUUUUGUGGUGGUGCCUUCCAGGAUCGCAUCUACCAGUUCUCUCCAAGCGGUGGUUCCGGACGAGGUAUAUCACAAAUGUUUUUGUUUUUAAUGGUGCAUUCAAAGCUAUGUCAUUGCCAUUGUUAAUGUAGUAUAAAUUCAAUUCUUUAAUUGUUUU